AUGAAAAUCACUCUAUCCAUUCUUAAAGCCGACGUAGGAUCAAUUGGCGGACAUACCAAGCCGUCCGAUCGCAUGUUGGACUCCGUUCGAUCAGAUGUUGCGGCCGCCAUCGGAAGAGGCCUGCUCAUUGACGCUUAUGUGGGCCACACCGGCGACGACAUCUGCAUUAUUGCUUCCCAUACCCGUGGUGAGAAUGAUACAGAAGUUCACCAGUUUGCUUGGACUUCUUUCCUGAACGCCACAGCCAUUGCCACAGAAUACGGCCUCUAUGGCGCUGGUCAGGACCUGCUGGUAGACGCCCCCUCCGGAAACAUCAGGGGCGCGGGUCCGGCGGUGGCAGAGAUCGAGUUCGAACAUGAUCCGGUUAAGACCAACCCGAUUCGCCCCGCGGAAUCCUUCAUGGUGCUGGCCGCCGACAAGUGCGGACCUGGCGCUUACAACCUCCCGAUGUUUCUGGGCUUUGCCGAUCCGAUGUACUGCGGCGGCCUGAUGCUGCCCCGUGUAGGUGAGGGAUUCACUUUCAACAUUAUCGACAUGGACAACACUGACGGCGACAGUCUGAUUUCUCUCAAUGCCCCCGAAGACUAUUACAAGAUCACUGUACUGCUGAGGGACAAUGAGCGGUUUGCCAUUGAAAGCAUCGUCUCCCGUUACUCGGGAGAGACUGCGGCGGCCAUUUCCGCUACCCGAAUGCACAACAUUGCGGGGACCUAUACCGGGAAGGACGACCCUGUAGCGCUAGUUCGCAACCAGGGCAUUUUCCCUGCUCCCGAGGAACUGAUCUCCCCCUACACCAAGGCCCACUACAUCGGGGGCGACGCCCGCGGGUCCCACGUGAUGCCACUGAUGCCAGUGCCGAUCAACACCGCAGUUACUGGCAUGUACUGCUUGCCGCUGGUGUCCUGCGUCGGAUUCUCUCUGAAUCGCGAUGGCAAGUUCUCCGAUUCGUCCGCCGAUUUCUUUGAUAACCCGGCUUGGGACUACGUCCGGCAGAUUGCCCAGGAAAAGGGAAUCGCAAUGCGUUCCCAGGGCUGGUCCGGCGCGGCCAUGCUGCCCUACGGCGAACUGGAAUACUCCGGAUUCCGAACCAGCAUCGGCAAUCUCGUGGAUCGGUUCGCCAUCCGCAACGGCAAGGAAUCAAGUGCUAUUCCGGAAAAGGCCGGCACUGCCGACGACUAA